GGAAAUGAUGUAACAGCUAUGAUCAAACACCAGUCGGACUCGGAGCACGUUCAACACAAGACAGACAAUAACUUCAACGGCUCUUUUUCGCGUGCCUUCUCCGAUCUAAUCCAUUCUUCGCCGAAUGGAAGAUGCUUAUGCCAGAUCCGUUACUGAGGUUUUGGAUUUCUUCGGCGUCGACCCGACUAAAGGUCUCAACGACUCACAGGUCGCACAACAUGCUAGGCUUUACGGUAAAAACGUGCUGCCACAAGAGAAAAGGGCUCCAUUCUGGAAAUUAGUUUUGAAACAGUUUGAUGAUUUGCUUGUCAAGAUAUUGAUUGCAUCGGCAGUUAUUUCUUUCAUUUUAGCUUUGAUUAAUGGGGAGACAGGCUUAACAGCAUUUCUGGAGCCUUCUGUUAUUUUAAUGAUAUUGGCUGCAAAUGCGGCAGUAGGAGUAAUUACUGAAUCAAAUGCUGAAAAGGCUCUUGAGGAGCUACGUGCAUACCAAGCUGAUAUUGCAACUGUGCUAAGAAAUGGUUCCUUCUCCAUUCUUCCAGCAACAGAGCUUGUCCCAGGGGAUAUCAUAGAAGUCGCUGUGGGAUGCAAAAUUCCAGCUGACAUGAGAAUGAUUGAGAUGCUAAGCAGUCAAUUACGUGUUGAUCAGGCAAUUCUUACAGGUGAGAGUUGCUCUGUGGAGAAAGAGCUUGAGUCCACCACAGCAAUGAAUGCUGUAUACCAAGACAAGACUAAUAUUCUUUUCUCGGGUACAGUAGUGGUCGCUGGUAGGGCUAGAGCUGUUGUAGUAGGAGUUGGCACUAAUACUGCCAUGGGCAGCAUACGUGAUUCAAUGAUGCAAACAGAAGAUGAAGUGACACCAUUGAAAAAGAAGCUGGAUGAAUUUGGUACUUUUCUGGCCAAGGUUAUUGCUGGUAUUUGUGUAUUGGUGUGGAUUGUAAACAUUGGUCACUUUCGUGACCCUUCUCAUGGUGGGUUCUUGCUUGGUGCAAUUCAUUAUUUUAAGAUUGCUGUUGCACUUGCAGUUGCAGCUAUCCCUGAGGGACUUCCUGCUGUCGUUACCACGUGUUUGGCUCUUGGGACAAAACGGAUGGCUCGGUUGAAUGCUAUUGUACGGUCUUUACCUUCGGUUGAGACCUUAGGUUGCACUACAGUAAUUUGCAGUGACAAAACUGGAACCCUGACAACCAAUAUGAUGUCUGUCUCAAAGGUUUGCGUGGUCCAGUCUGUACAGCAUGGUUCUGUGAUUGCUGAAUACAAUGUCAGUGGAACAACAUAUGCACCGGAAGGCAUUAUCUUUGACAGUUCUGGAAUGCAGCUUGAAUUCCCAGCUCAGUUGCCUUGUCUUCUUCACAUAGCUAUGUGUUCAGCUCUUUGCAAUGAGUCUGUACUACAGUAUAAUCCAGACAAGGGGAAUUAUGAAAAGAUUGGCGAGUCAACCGAAGUGGCUCUUCGAGUCUUGGCGGAAAAGGUUGGUCUUCCGGGCUUUGAUUCUAUGCCUUCUUCUCUUAAUAUGCUGAGCAAUCAUGAGCGAGCCUCUUACUGUAAUCACUAUUGGGCAGACCAAUUCAAAAAGAUAUCUGUGGUGGACUUCACUCGUGAUCGGAAAAUGAUGAGUGUCCUUUGUAGCCGAAAUCAGAUGCAGAUGAUGUUUUCAAAAGGUGCUCCUGAGAGUAUCAUCUCUAGAUGCACAAAUAUUCUAUGCAAUGACAGUGGUUCCACUGUUCCAUUGACAGAUAGUAUCCGUGCGGAACUGGAAUUAAGGUUCCAAAGUUAUGCAGGAAAAGAAACAUUGAGAUGCUUGGCUCUGGCCAUGAAACGGAUACCUUUGGGUCAACAGAUUCUCUCAUGUGAUGAUGAGAAGGACCUUACUUUCAUUGGGUUGGUUGGAAUGCUUGAUCCACCAAGAGAUGAAGUCAGAAAUGCAAUGCUUUCAUGUAUGACUGCUGGUAUACGUGUUAUCGUCGUCACUGGAGAUAACAAGUCUACAGCUGAAUCACUUUGCCAAAAGAUAGGUGCUUUUGAUCACAUGGUAGAUCUUACUGGUCGCUCUUACACUGCUUCUGAGUUUGAAGAAUUACCUCCAUUGCAGCAAACGCUGGCAUUGCAACGUAUGGCACUCUUCACCAGGGUUGAACCUUCUCAUAAAAGAAUGCUGGUUGAGGCAUUACAGCACCAGAAUGAAGUGGUUGCAAUGACUGGUGAUGGCGUCAAUGAUGCACCUGCACUAAAGAAGGCAGAUAUCGGAAUUGCCAUGGGUUCAGGAACAGCUGUUGCCAAGAGCGCUUCAGAUAUGGUUUUGGCAGAUGACAAUUUUGCUACAAUUGUUGCAGCUGUUGCAGAGGGAAGGGCUAUAUACAACAAUACAAAGCAGUUUAUUAGAUAUAUGAUUUCCUCAAAUAUUGGUGAAGUAGUUUGUAUAUUUGUGGCAGCAGUACUUGGAAUACCUGAUACUCUUGCUCCUGUCCAGCUGCUAUGGGUUAACUUAGUUACUGAUGGAUUGCCUGCCACUGCCAUUGGUUUCAAUAAGCAAGAUUCUGAUGUUAUGAAGGCUAAGCCACGUAAGAUGCAUGAAGCAGUUGUCACUGGAUGGUUGUUCUUCCGUUAUUUGGUAAUUGGAGCUUAUGUUGGUCUAGCUACAAUUGCGGGAUUUAUCUGGUGGUUUGUAUACUCUAAUGAAGGUCCCAAACUGCCAUAUCAUGAAUUGAUGAACUUUGACUCCUGCUCAACAAGGGAGACAACUUAUCCAUGCAGUAUUUUUGAUGAUCGGCAUCCAUCAACUGUAUCUAUGACAGUGCUUGUUGUUGUUGAGAUGUUCAAUGCUUUGAAUAAUCUUAGCGAAAAUCAAUCCCUUAUUGUUAUUCCUCCCUGGAGUAAUAUGUGGCUUGUUGCUUCAAUCAUCCUAACCAUGCUUCUUCACAUACUUAUUUUGUAUGUGCAUCCACUUUCUGUUCUUUUCUCUGUUGUACCACUAUCUUGGGCUGAGUGGACUGUUGUUUUGUAUCUUUCAUUUCCUGUUAUAAUCAUUGAUGAGGUGCUGAAGUACUUCUCAAGAAAUUCAAGUGGUUUGAGGUUCAAUUUCAGAUUUAGAAGACCUGACUUACUUCCUAAAAGAGAAUUAAGAGACAAAUAAAUAUGGCAUCUUUAUGCCUACUAAAUUUUGCACACAUGAAUGACUACACUGGAGACUUACUCUUCGUACUGUAACAUUAUUCACCAAAUACAAAGGUCCAUCACCAAGAAGCUACAGGGAGUAUAUGUGCGUCGUGCUAAUUCUGAGUGGCCUCAUCUCAUAGUGGUGUCAACAAAUCGUACCUUGUGUAACUUUGGUAAUUAUAAAAAACAUAGCUGCAAUAGAGCCAGAGUAAAGAAAAAUAUACUCUCACCAGGAGAAGAAGAAAAGAUCUGAAGAAAUAGUAAUAGCUGAAAGAGAGGGCUUGGCCAAUCAUACAUAAUAAUUUAUUAUUAGUUGUGCUUCUUUUCGUGCUAGAUUUUAUUGCACUGGACACUAGGGGCCAUAGAUGUCUUGUUAUUUAUUUAUUUUUUUUGAAGUUUCUACCUCCUUUUGUUUAUGUAGGAUGUACACUGCCAUGUAUGUGUAUGAAUAAUCUCACAAUUUUCGCUAAUUCAAAUUAAUUGUUUUAUGUUGAACA